AUGUCUAAGUUUCUUGUUCUUUUCUUGAUCCUAACAGAAACAUUUGUGUAUCUUGCCAUGGCUGAAAAUGCAACAAAUUUUGCAAGUUCUCCUGCUUCUAGUCCAUCACUUUCGAUUCGAAAACUUGGAAAACAUCAUCAAGAAGAAGGGAGGAACAAUUUUUCUAAAGAAGUUGGUUCUCCACAUCAACAAGAGAUUAAUGAAGUUGAUGAAGCUCAUGAAAUCAAGAUUAAGCAUCAUCAUUUAAUUGAUAAGUCAAUUUUUGGAGGUGGAAUUAUUCUUGGAGGCUUAGCAACAACAUUCUUUGUGGCAAUUUUUUGUUACAUUAGAGCAACUAGAAGGAAACAUAUUGAGCCAAGUUCCCCUAGUGCUUCUUCCUCAGCAGCAUAA